AAGAGACUCAACUGACUUAACCAUCAUGUCCAUUCCAUCUGCUGCCUCCUGAUUUCUGCUGCCAUGUGCAUGACUCAGCUAGCAUGUCUCAAGACGACUCGGACUCCUCAAGCCACGUCUUCGAGGUCGAGACCAUUCUAGCACAACGCUAUAACAGACAACACGCACGCAUUGAAUACCUUAUUAAAUGGGCCACCUAUGAUCUAUACGAGUCCUCGUGGGAGCCAAAAGAAGCACUUCAACAAAAUGCAGAUGAAGCGCUCAAUGACUUCAGAACCAUUUGUGCGUUGCGUGAGCAAGGCGAGCUGGCAGAGUUUGAUAUUGCCGAAUUUGAGGAGAAGCAAGCGCUCUACCAAGAAGCGCAGCGUGUGACUUCGAGUGGAUCAUCCGUGCAUAAUGUUGAUACGGUCUCUCGUCCUUCAGCUACGUUCAAUUCGAUACUGAUCGACUCGGACUCCAAUGAAAGUGAUACACCUCUCAAGAAGACCACGGCUAGGAAGGACUAUCUGUCUGCAGAGUUGUCAGAUGAAGAAGACGACGUACCACUCAAGGAAACCACUUCCAUCAUCAAAACUCCCAGUCGUCCACUCAAGAUCCUACCAGAGCAACAACCUGCCAAACCAACCUAUCCAACGCAAUUUCAACGGUCUGUUCUUCCCCCCGCAACCUCUAUUCCAGCCCAGCAGCACAAAAAGCCAACAGCACUGAGUAAAGAAUUAUCUAAAAUCCGCUCUUCUCUAGCUGCUAAAGCUCGUUCUGAAGCCCAAGUCAUUUCAGCUGUCAGGGCACGGAAAGCGCUUUCACCUGAAGUAAAACGACCUGGCGCUCCCGGCAGUGCUUCAUUGAAACGUAAACUGUCUCAAACUGGAUUUGAGCACGCACAGAUACGUGAGGAGGAGCAGAGGGAUGCUUUACAACAGCCUGGCAUUGGCGAUGACUUUGUAUAUGAGCAGCAGUCCCUCGCCACACCACAGUCUCCGGCAGUAUCAAGCCAUCAUCAUGAAGCGAAGGUGUCUCCGACUUCUGUUGCAGUACCUCGUACAUCGCUUGAAUUACCUUGGUCGGUCAGAGCAGCUAGGCAGGCUAUCUCUCCGGACAGGUCGCGAAUGAUGCACACAUGGAGAGUACCUCUACACACCCAACCAUCGGCAAGCAACUCGCCCAACAGACCCCGGACGGUGCAAGGACGACUUCCGAAGAGUCCAGAGGCAGCAAAGAGGUCACAGGGGGUAGCAUGCUCUCCAGCCACUUCGAGUGCUCCAUCGAAACCCAUUGUCAACAACAUGUCACAGCACAGAGAGCCGUUGAAAAGUCCAGUAGCCGCAAAGCAGUUGCCUCCAGAUCCGGCAGAUUUUCAGGCAACAUCAAGUGCCAAGUUGCAGGAAAUACACCAAUGGUCGGAGUCGCAACCCCAAGAUUCCCUGGCAACGGCUCCUUAUACAAGUCUAUCAAAUUCGUUGCGCGAGCAAACGCGUUCUCCUCGACCUGGCCCUCGUGUCGUCAUCAAGUCGCAAAAGCCAUUGCUUCCGCAGAACUCUGUCGACACACAAUCCCCUCGUCAUAUUGAAUCUACAUCGGCAGUGCCGUCGCAUCAGCAAAGCCCAACGACCACGAUCUUGCAAUGUCCUGACUUGCAAUUACUCUGCAUCACAGAUCCUGAUGAGGGGCCCGUUGAUUUUGGUCGCUUUCAAGUCAUGAACCUGCCGCCCGACUCGAUUUUCAUGGAAGCACCUGCGCCGUUCCAUGCAGCGGAUCCCGGUGCCGUGUACGAGAUGACGACAAGAAGUACCUUUUCAACGCAAAUUUUGGUCGACGCUUUAGCGAAAGAGGGCACGCGAUGUUGCAUCGCUCCCCUUAUUCCCGUUCCCACUACAAGUGAUUCGAUCAAGAAGUAUUGCCGCAGAGGUGUCUUUCUCUUUGAAGACCCAAAUUUUGUCGGUCUCUUAGUCAAUGAGAAAUCUGGCGCAUUCAAGGCAAUUCGAACGCUGAGCAAGCGUCUAUUCUAUGGCAUGGUUGCUCAUCCACCUACCCAGUACUACUUCAUUUUCGUCACAAAAUCACCGGUCACAAUGCUACCGGAUCAUGACGUGCAUCGUAUUGGCCUCAUGACUGAACUCGGCGAGCAAGCGCAUAUUCACAGCAUGUAUCAAGCGCUAGGCCCUCCACUAGCGGCCGUCGAUCAAGGUGGUGUGGUCCACCUCGAAGGCCCUCGAGAUCAUCCCGAUGUGCUUGCUGUUAUGACUUUUCUCGAAAAAAGGGUCAAGUUGCGUCCUCACUCAUCCAUGCUUGACUCAAUGCUAAUGGCUAAAGCACAACAACAAACUUUAUUUGUGCUUUUGCACAGUAGUGUCUUUGCUCCACCGUAUCUCAUGUCGGCUUGCAAAGGACUGGCUCAGGCUAAAAGCGACCGCACAGUGCAGUUUAUCGUUUUUGGAGGAACACCGUCGACCACGACAGCUGACUCGAGCAACGAAAACCUAGCAUUGAUUCAGAGAGGACGCUCGAGAGGGACAAAACUUUACAAAUGCGAAUUUGCAGGUUGCAGCCAGACGUAUACGACUAAAAAUGGUCUCAAGUAUCAUCACAACAAGUUCAAUCACGACGAAAAUGAUCAGCGAGAUGACUUCAAACCGCUUAAGUGCUAUCUUUGCGGCAAGCGGUUCAAGAGCCCCAAUGGCGUCAAGUACCACAUGACACAUCAGCAUCCGGCUCCAUCGCAUCAAAACGCACUUGAAGCCUGCUGGUCGCCACAGACUUCUUUCUCAGCACUUGCAUUCCCAGCAGCAAUCACGCAUCCUGGUUCGCCAACACUUCGAGAAAAGAGUGCAUGCCAUAUCCUUGUUGAACAUCAUGCUGCCGACUUGACAUCGCUCAGGGCACUUGUCAAGCUCUUGGGAACGAGCAGAUUCAAUUGGCACAUUUACAUCUCGCCAGCGUCGCUCAAGACUGCAGGGGUUUUGUCGUACAGGCAAGAUGUUGUGGCAAAGGAGACUUUCGAGGCUGCUUAUGAAAUUCUUGGGGAAAAGGAUGACAAGGAUGCCUUGUACCAGCCUCAAUCGGCAGAAGAAGCCAGUUUGUUGGGUCAACUUGUUAUUGAACAAUGGAUGCAGCAUGGUCGCAUUCAAAUCCUCGAUAACGUCGAUUGUGCAGAAGCUGCUCCCUCAUGGGAUCCUCCACAAAAUGCUAGCGGACGAAAUGUAUUGCUACUGCGUGAUGCCAUCUCAAUGGCUGCGUGGAAACAAGUCAGAGAUUUUCAAACGCAUCGACAUACAUUGGUCUUGGCGACUUAUGAGAGAUCCCUGGAAACUUGCUCAAUGGCGGAAGGGAUCGAAGCAACGACGUUGGUUGAGCUUGGAAGGUCAUUUGCACGAUUCCAGUAGCCUUGUUCAUAUAGCAAAUAGCAUGAAUGCAGCAUAAAGAAAUUGUGUAAAGAUCGAAAA